AUGUCAGUUCUAUUUGAUCGAGGGUGGGGUAAUGUUGUAUUUUUUUUCAAAUAAUUCAAACAAACAAUUUCAAGAUGGGAUUUGAUGAGGGACAGAUAAUUUUAGACAGUGAAAAUGGUGCAUAUUAUGCCGGUCAAACUGUUUUUGGGCGAAUGGUCUUCUCCCAGGAUAAAGUAAAAACUAUUCAUGGCAUCUAUGUGGAUAUGAAAGGGUUCUGCAAAGUGCACUGGUCUACGUCACACUCACGUACAGUAAACAAUCGCACUGAACACUACACUGUGAACCAUGACUCACAUGAAGAAUACUUCAGAAGCAAAAGAUUCUUGAUUGGCAGUGAAGAAGGUGAACACCACCUUCAGCCAGGUAAACAUGAGUUCAGGUUCGACUGCCCCAUCCCAAUCAACUGCCCCUCGUCAUUCGAAGGCUCCUACGGUCACAUCAGAUACAGAAUUAAAGUGGUUAUGGUCACCAAAGGGAUGUUCUCUUUCAACAAGGACAAGAUGGUACCCAUCAAAGUCCACGCCCCAUUGGACUUGAACCAAAAUCCUUAUUGCCGGGAACCGAUGGAGUUUGACUUAUCAAGCUCGUACUGUUGUUGGUGCGUGAGCGCUGGCCACUCGGAGGUGAUGGUGAGGAUACCGGCCAGCGGGUUCUGUCCCGGGCAGGUCAUACCCAUGGAAGUAUCCUGUAAGAACGAGAGCAGCGUCGAAAUUGAUGAGAUUAAGUUCGCUAUUAAGAAGGACGUGCAAUACAUAGCCUCAUACGAGCCGGGCACUCGCAACGACCACGACACGGUGGCCGAGAUAAAGAAGGGCCCCAUACCCGGCCGCACCACGCGGAACUGGACCGUGGAGAUGGAAGUACCGGCUAUGGACAUAUACAACGUCAACGCCUGCCGGUACAUUGAUAUUAAUUAUCAUUUCAAGGUUUCGACAGAAGCGAGCGGGUGCCACGACGGUACCGAAGAGGUCCGUCCAAUAAUAUUCGGCACCAUUCCCUUGCAAGGUUUCCAAGAUAACGUGCAGAACCCGCUACAAGAUCAAUUGCCUCAAGUCAACAUCCAAAACGUACAGAAUACUUACCCUCCCCCACCCAUCAUGAACCAGCCACAGUCUAACUCCCCUUACCCUAAUGGCUACCCCAACCCUUACCCUAAUAAUUCGCCCUACCCUGCCGCUCCUGGUUAUCCAACCACUCCUGUUAUGGGCGGUAGAACCUCUCCCUACCCUGGAAAUCAACCUACCGUCACCCCAUACCCACCGAAUCAGCCUUACCCUGGCGCAUCGCCUUACCCCGGGGGACCGUCGCCUUACCCUAGUAAUACUCCUUAUUCUACGGACACUAGUCCCCAUGGGCCAAACCAAGGUCCUAUGCCGCCGUACCCGGGCGCUGCGCCCCCGUACCCUGGCGUACCCGGCGCUGCGCCCCCUUACCCUACCCCUAACAUAACUACAACAACGUUAGUGAAAACUGGCAACUUUGGAUUCACGGUACAGGGUGGGGACCCCGCUGCCAUGCCACUGUUACCCCAAGGAGCCAAUGUGCCUUAUCCUACAAGCCCCCCGUCGAAUCCGUAUGCGACUGCGUCUGCGCCUGAGCCCUCGACACCCGGUACAGAUGAAAAAAAACCGCCAUUGGCCGUGCCAGAAGAAACUUCAUCAGCUCCUCCAUAUAAUCCAGAAUUCAUGAAGGAAAAUGAGAAAAAAGAUGAGAAAGUUGAGAAACCAAACUAAAUGACACCUAAACUACCUCAAAUACUACUCGACAGUAUGUAACGUUGGUGCCUUGAUAUACUGGUCAGUAAAUUUGAUACCUUCAUUUGAAUUUAAAUCUUAUGAGGUUAGAAAUAAAGUUCAAAUGAAACUGGCACUGUACAAGCUGCCGUAUAUAGCCUUCAGUAUACUAUAAGAUUAUAUUAUACAUGUUUCAAAUGUUUUAUAGAUAUAUUUAGCUAUAAUUAUACAAAAUAAGUCAUCACCUUAAAUUGGAGUAGGUAGAUUGAUUUUUGGUACUUGUAUCAUAAAUGAACAAGGAAAUAAUAACAUGGAUAGGCCAUUUUUCCUGAGGGUUAUUCCGGUUUCAAUUAAUAUAAUAGAGUAGUAUAUUUUUUUAAUGCUGAUAGUAGUAUUAUUACUACUCCAUAGGUUUGUUUACUGAAAAACUAUAAUAUAGUGACCCGUAUUUUUUGUUUUGUAACGUAAAUUAAGCUUGAAGAAGAUACGACACUCUUACAAUUACGGUUUUUUUUAUAAUCAACCACAUCCAGAGCAAUGUCUAUAUUAUUACAUGCGUUUCGGAUCAAGGGCCCCAGUUCUUUCUACCUACUCCGAUCACUGAGUCAUCACACACAAAAAUAAUAAUUUUAUGAUAAAUAUUUUCGAAAAUGUACGUCAUUAUAAUGGCUUUAAACGAAUGUGGAGCCCUCUAGUGGAUUUAUAAGAUAGAAUGUUUAUGAUCUCGUUUGGUUUAAAACCUAGAGGUAAGGUAAAAUGUUAGGAAUGCUGAAUGUUGAAAUUUAAAGUCAGUUACCAACGCCUGUAAGGAUUUAGGAUAAGGAAUAUAAACGUAACAAAUGUAUAAUCUUUAUAAUAAAAUUAUGUUCGUUAGUCUCGCUAAAACUCGAGAACUACUGGACUGAUUUGGCUUAUUUUGGUCUUGAAUUAUAUUUUGAAGUCCAGGAAAGGUUUAAACGUUAAGAAUGUUUGAGGCGGUACGAAGUUUGCCUGGUCAGCUAGUUUACUUAUAAAGAAAGGUUAAUUAUUAAGAUUUUGCUGGUGCUAAACACAAACCUUUUGAAAAUUUAUAAAUUAAAAAAAUAUGUGGUAAACUACAUAGAAUAAGUGCCAUAUUGAAUGGUGCUAUAUAAUUUUUACUUUGAAGGCAAGAUACCUUUGAUUCUGAUGAAACUUGUACUUGGAAAUGUAUAUAUUCAUUAACAUUUAACUCUGAAAAUAUUUCCCGUAAAUAUAAAGUGUUCAUAAGUCUCCAAAACUAUUUUUGAUUAUCACAUCUUUUGUAUAAACCGAAAGUAAAUAAUUCAUCCUUUAAGAUUUUUGAUACAUCCAUAUAUUUACUAAAAUAUUAAUACAAAACAUUAUUAUAAUAAAGCUUUUUAUACUCGUAAUUUUGAUAUUUUGAAUUUUUAAUGUUUUAUAUUUUGCAGCUUUUAAUAUUAAGUUCUUGUAAUUAAGGUAAAAUGUAAAAUUAGGUUUAAAAAUUAAGUAAUAAGUGUACGUAAAAGACCUCAUUAUUGUGAAUUUAAAUGUCCAUUCUUGUUAAACAGAAGCCUUAAAUAGCCUUAGAUAUUGGAGAUUUUACAGAACAUUAUUUUUCGAUUGCAUAAUAUUUUUUCUAAAUUAGUUUAAGGUAUAAAGAGAUUUAUGUUUUUAAAAAUUACGUUUAUGGUGCUUCUAUAAAAUAGAAUAAAGAGCACAAAAAAUUUCUACCAUUACAAUUGUCAUUGCAAAAUGUGUCUUAAAUUCGGAUUAUUAAAAUUUAUUAUAAACUAGUCAGUACAAACAAACAAUACUUAAACUGUUUAUUCAAUAAUGUGCCUUAUGUUCGUUACGACAUAUAUUUAGUUAAGGAAACGCAUUUAUACCUCUUUGUAGCGGAUUUAAUCCAAUAUACCUACAAUAAGUGUUCUUGUUUAAACAGAAGUACAAUAAUUUUAAAGAAUCUUCGCAAUGUAUGAAUGUAUUUAGUUGUAAACUCGAAUAUAUUUUAUGAUGCUUUGAUAUAAUUAUAUUGAAACUAUAAUCGUCAAUAAAUAAUGUAUAUUUA